GGCGGAGUCGGUGUCGGGGCUGCAGCGGCGGGUGCGGGAGCUGGAGCGGGAGCUGGAGCUGCUGUCGGGGCGGCGGGAGGCCGGGCCGGGCCGCGCCCCCAUCGAGCGGAUGAGCCCCGACGUCUCCCACUCCAACCCCUACAGCCGUCUGAUGGCUCUGAAACGAAUGGGCAUCGUGAAUGACUAUGAGAAAAUCCGCACCUUUGCCGUAGCCGUAGUAGGUGUUGGUGGAGUUGGUAGUGUGACGGCUGAAAUGUUGACAAGAUGUGGCAUUGGUAAGCUGCUGCUAUUUGAUUACGACAAGGUGGAACUAGCGAACAUGAACAGACUUUUCUUUCAACCUCACCAAGCUGGACUGAGUAAAGUUCAAGCUGCCGAACAUACCUUGAGAAACAUUAACCCUGAUGUUCAGUUUGAGGUACAUAACUAUAACAUCACCACAGUGGACAACUUUGAACAUUUCAUGGAUAGAAUAAGUAAAGGCGGAUUAGAAAGUGGAAAACCUGUUGAUUUGGUUCUGAGCUGUGUGGACAACUUUGAAGCUCGAAUGGCCAUCAAUACAGCCUGUAAUGAACUUGGACAAACUUGGAUGGAAUCUGGAGUUAGUGAAAAUGCAGUGUCAGGGCAUAUUCAGCUCAUCAUACCUGGAGAAUCUGCUUGUUUUGCGUGUGCCCCUCCACUUGUAGUUGCCGCCAAUAUCGACGAAAAGACACUGAAACGAGAAGGAGUCUGCGCAGCGAGUCUUCCCACCACCAUGGGCGUGGUUGCCGGGAUUCUUGUGCAAAACGUUUUGAAGUUUUUGUUAAACUUUGGAACAGUGAGUUUUUACCUUGGUUACAAUGCAAUGCAGGAUUUCUUUCCCAGUAUGGCAAUGAAGCCGAACCCUCAUUGUGGUGACAAAAACUGUAGGAAACAGCAGGAAGAGUACAAGAAAAAAAUAGCCACGGAGCCCAAACUGGCAGAUGUUGAACAAGAGGAGGAAAUAGUACAUGAAGACAACGACUGGGGUAUUGAGUUAGUAUCUGAAGUUUCAGAAGAAGAAUUGAAAGCCGCAUCAGGUCCAGUUCCCAACUUGCCCGAGGGCAUUACGGUAGCAUAUACGGUUCCGGAAAAGGAUGAAGACACUGUUCCUGGGGAAACUGUGGAAGAGUCUGAGCAAAGUCUAGAUGAACUCAUGGCCAAGAUGAAGAACAUGUAGAAAGAUGUGUGAACUAUAUGCUAAUACUCUAAAUACUCUAUCUACUUUCUCACCCCCACCAGUUCCUCCCCUUAAAAAUAGCCCGACGCAACUGUUCCAAAAAAAAGGUCAACUUCUACAUUUCUAGUAAGAGAAUUUUGAAAUAGCCUCUGAUACAUGGUUUAUGUUGGUUUUAUAUACUAAUCUCUAAGUGUUUGGUUUUUUGUUUUUUUUUUUUACCUUAGCCAGGCCAGAAUUCUCCAACUGACUACAAAAAAGUAAUCAUGCACAUCCUGUGUAGUGUUAGUCUAGGUUAAAUGUAAGAAAACGAGCUGUUACAAAUGUGCUCUUUGAUUUUGUCAGUUUGUGCUGCAUUUGAGAGUGGUAACAGGGCUAAUUCCUGGAUUUUAUUUUCCAGUAGUUAAUUAUCACUGAAGGGCUUCUCGCCAUGGAGGUGAUAAGGUAGGGGUGCUUGCUGGGAGAAGUUUGAUCCACAAAUCUUGUAAAUCACACAAAAGACGAAAACAUUUUAUUAGUGGGUUUAGCUGCUAUAUUUCUUUAUUUAGGGUCCAAUAAUGAAGCUUUAGGUUUCUGGAAAGUUAAAGCCCAGUCUGUCCAUCAAAAUGUUUUAAUUUUAUAUAUAAAAAAAAUCUUAUUCUCUAAUUUAAAUGUCAUUGUCAAUAGGGCCUUAAUGCCAAAAAGCUUUAUGUACAUGUAGAAUGUCACGCAAGUGAAAAAAAACUUGAGGGGAAAAAUAAAUUUAUCCUUAAAAAUCUUAAUAAAGGGUGCUGACAAAGCCUGAAGAAAUGAUUUAGAAGACAUUACUGUUUACCAUUUUAACGACUCUACUGUAAUGAGGCCUAUGAUUGCCUUAUAAACAUUACUGUGAAACCUGGGCGGGGCGGCAUCCGGCUUUGGUCUGCUGAUGAUGGUGAAAGUUCAGAUGCAUCUUUCAUAUUGGUUCUCCAAUUUCUCCCUUUCUAAAGCAGCCUUUCCCUGAUUGACAGGAAGAUGGGGAUAUACUACUUCACUUUAAAAAGCUUCCUUGGAAAUUGCUCUGAUGGUAGAGUGUGGCUUUACUAGUUAAGCAAUCAGUGAGUUUAUCUUACCCCCUCAACUAUUGUGAACGGAGUUGAUUCAGUCUUAUUCUAUAUGGUUGAUGUGUGGAGUGUAAACCCCAAUCUUCUCAUUUUGAGGAAAUCGUCUUUUUAAUGGAAGUAUCUUUAAACGGUUGAAGUUGGCAGACAGAAUUCAUUCAGCUAAAAUUGAUGAAGUAACGUAUAUUUGUUAAGCUUAGGUUUAAGGGAGUGAAAUGGUAAGCAUUUAAUGAUGAGAAACAGAUUUUGCUGCCUGGAAUUCAUUUCCCCCAUAUGUUGCAGUUCCAGAUAGAAUUCCAGCAUUCAAGUUUUCAGUCCAAUUUGGAAGUGACAGAUCCACGUUGCUUUUACUUGAAGAUUUAAAGUGUUAAUUAGCCCUGCCUGAUUUGAAUGAACAAUGAGAAAAUAAAAUGAAUUUGACCCUCAA